CGCUCCAAACAACCUUGCGAGCAGCUCUUCUCCUCGAUUACCCUCGUGCGCACUAGGGUUUCCUACGCCAUCGCCGCCGCCAGGGAACUCCUCGACCAACCCACCCUCCUAUCGCUCCGCCCCCUUCCCUUCCCAUCACCGCAGUCGCCCCCUCCAUCUCCUUACGGAGCCACUUCCCUGCCGCGAACAUCCUGCUCGCGUUGUACAUGACCGGUAUGGCGGCCCUGACGGGGAGAGAGAACCGCCACGGGAACGCGGCGGUGAGCCCCUCGGUGAAGACCUGCGUGGAGAGCACGAACGCGUGCGGUGCCGCGGCGGCGAUCUUCGUGGUGUCCCCGGGCCAGAGGCCGUCGAGGAUGUACAGCACCGGGAGCGCAGCACCGAUGAGGAACCCGCCCACAGUGUGUGCGGCGAGGGGAGGUGCGCGAGGCCACGGAAGACAGGCGCGGACGGGUUGGGCUUCCUGGGGCGCUGCGGAAAGGCGAGCGUGGCCAGGAGGAGGAGGUAGGGGAGGAGCAGAACGCCAAAGGCGAUCUCCGAGAGCGGCACGGUGGUCGAGAAGGCCAGUACGGCGGCGGCGCCCAGCGUGUUGAGCUGCUUGAUGGAGAAGAGGUAGUGGUGGUGGUGCGGGCGCGUGGUGGGCGAGGUGGGCUCUGGGUGAAGCGGUAGGGCGGCUACCUCAUCGAUGGCAGCGCGAUGCCGCUCUCGCCGUCGGGCCCACGCUGCCGGACAUCGUCGUGCUCUUGGCUUGUUCGCUCAAUGUCGUUGGGUUCUCCUUGUCCGCUGAGUUUUGAUACACCUCUUCUGUUGAGCAAUCCUGGUGUGUUAAAAAUAAUGUUUUAACUUUGUCUUUGAUGGUUUAUUACUAUGCUUUCCUUUUUCGCAGAAUUACCAUAAUCAGGAAAGGGAGGGAGCAAAGUUGUUGGCCGAUGAUGAUAUGAGAUUGACAACCUGUUUCCUGCAUCCUCUAGGAGUAGGAUUUGAAAGCGUUUUGGGAAGUAGACUGAAGACCAAGACGAUGGUAAUUUUGGUGAUUUGAGACGGAGGAGUGGCCGAAGGAGAACUUUUCUAUGUUGUUAAUGUAUAGUGCUGGGGUUUAUGCUGAUUGUGCUGAUUUGGAAGUUUGAUUUCUCGCCGUUUAUGAUCCUGGUCAUUGCCAUUCUCAACGACGGCACAAUCAUGACCAUCUCCAAGGACAGAGUGAAGCCAUCCCCACAUCCAGAUAGCUGGAAGCUACUAGAGAUCUUCAUCACCGCCAUUGUCUAUGGUGCCUACCUUGCUGUGUUGACCGUGGUGUUCUUCUUCGCCAUGACUAGCACCGACUUCUUCAGCGAGAAGUUCCACGUGCGUUCGCUAAGGAGCAACAAGGACGCGAUGAUGUCUGCCCUCUACCUUCAAGUGAGCAUCAUCAGCCAGCCCCUCAUCUUCGUCACCCGGUCGCGCCGCUGGUGCUUCCAGGAGCGCCCGGGGCUCUGGCUCUGCUUCUCCUUCGUCGUCGCGCAUAUCGUAAGCCCACCCCACCCGGCCUCACUCCAACAAUGGAGUGCGCGCGUUCAUAUUCAGUUGUAGCUGCAACAAUACCGAAGGAGAACAGAACAAAUCAAUGAUAAAGAUGGCGUCGACACUCUUCAUGAAUGCCAUUCUUUUUAGGAGCUGAUUUUGUUGUACAUAAAAAUGCAUAUGUAUGAAAUGGUCAAUUAAAAUGUUCUUUGCAAUCCAUUAUCAUAAUCCACCAAGUUAUAACCAAGUCCUACUAUUCCUGGUUGGUUUUGAAGUGUUCCGUUGGCACUUGUUCUCUCAUAUGAAAAGGAGAGCUGAACAAGUGACAAGUCCUACUGUUUCUGGUUGGUUUUGAAGUAUUCAGAAUAACUAUUUAUAACUACGGAGUGUCUUCUGCUCGAGUUUUAGUAUCUCAGUUAAGAAAUAAAUAGUAGCCUUCCUCUAAAGAGGUCUGCUGCCUUGCUUUUCAUAAUUUAAAUUUGUAUUUUAUUUUCUUAUAUUCA